UGCUUGAGAGUCUCGCCUCUCGAGAGCAUUACUAAGAAAGCAGUGGAGGUUCUGAAUGCCGGAGGAGUUGGAAUGAUCGUCGGAAACGCAUGGUCGCUUGGAGACCACACCGUGGAGGCCGAGGAAUUCGUCCUUCCGGCGGUUUAUAUCACGGCAACCGACUCUCAGCGUGUGCAGGACUACUUGACCAGAUGUGACCUGGACGCUUGUAAUUUCAGAAAUACAAGAGCCACCAUCUUCACGGGGAAGACAUGGUUGGGAGUGAGUCCAGCUCCGGUCGUUGCUGAUUUCUCAUCAACCGGUCCCAGCGGAGUAACCCAGGACAUACUCAAGCCCGACAUUGCUGCACCCGGAGUAAAAGUGCUGGCAGCAUGGAUAGAUGGUACCUACAACGCCAUCGAUGGAACUUCCAUGGCCACCCCGCACAUCUCAGGGGUGGUUGCUCUGAUUAAGUCCAUUCAUCCCCGAUGGAGUCCAGCUGCAAUCAAGUCCGCCAUCAUGACCACAGCUAUCACUGUCGACAACUCCAACCACAAAAUACAAAAUAUUCAGAACGAACCGGCGGGACCAUUUUCGACGGGAUCGGGGCUGGUGAAUCCGAAUGCUGCGGUCGACCCGGGGCUGGUGUACGAGGCGGGGCCACGGGAUUACACUCUGUUCCUGUGCGCGCUCAACUACACGGACCAGAUGGCGGAGGUGGUCACGGGGGAGCCCAAUUCGUGCAGCAGCCAGAAGGACUUCCCCUCAGCCAGCAGCCUCAACUAUCCGUCGGUCUCGAUCGGCGACCUCAAGGAAAUCACCACCGUCACCGUCACCCGCAGAGUGACCAAUGUGGGCGCAGCCAGAAGCGUCUACAAGGUCAGCAUCCAAGCUCCCAAGGGCGUCAGAGUGUCGAUCUCGCCCUCGCGUCUGUCGUUCAGCAAUGUCGACGAGACCAAAUCCUUCAACAUCCGACUGCAGCGCACGCUGAAGACGGACGCCGAUUCCGAGACGUACGUGUUCGGCAGCUACACGUGGUCCGAUGGGCGGCACAAGGUGAGAAGCCCCAUCGUCGUGGGCCAUCAAACACAAUAGGUUCCGGCGGGCUGUUCAGUGAGACAGAGCCGGGGAAAUUAAUUGAGACAGUUGAUUUAGUUUGCAGGAUUUCCAGCGCCCGCUGUUGACGCAGCCACAGUGGGCAUUAGUUAGGACGAUAUUCGUCGAUCAUGCGGAGCAGCUCAGUAGAUCGAUCUGCUCGUCGUGGUCCUUUGGGUGCUAGCGUGACGUCAAAAGUCUGAUACCAUACCCGCCUUAUGAAAAAAGCUCUCAGCUUCUGUAGGUGCCUGAUCAUGGCGCUCUGCUGCACAUGUGGGCGGAUUCCGAUGUUUGAUUCGGUGUAGAUUAACCUCGUCCAACUAAUUGAAGGAUCGUGGAUUUCGUUGGAAGUGUUUCCAUCCUCUCGGCAUCCACUCGGCUCUGAUCUUCGAGCAUUCGUUGACCAGCAACACGCGCUUCUGCAGGCACUUCUGAAAGCCUGAAUCUCUUCAAAGCUUGUAAAUCUUAAAAAAAAUUAGAUUGGUCACACACCUUUUACAGUAAGAGAACUGCAGACCAAGGGAGGGGAAACCAGGUGAGGAACGGAGACUUCCAAACUAGCUCCAUGAGCGGAACAAGUCACUUGGCUUUACUUACAAGGAGGGGAUCUGAAAAUUACCCCAACAAUCAACCAAUUUCCCAUUCAUGAAGCUUUUCAGAUUGGUAAUGUGGCCGAUCCAUAUUUGAAGUUUUCUUAUGUAACUAGUAGCCAUGUGCUCAUAUAAAUAUAAAAGUGUCGAUCG